UGCAGCUGCCAGACCUGCUCCUGCUGCUGUUCGGGUAACUCAUCUUUUACUGGUACCACCAGGGAUAAAAGGGAGAGCACCUGGGAAAACUCUGGGGAAACUGUUUCUGACCACCACCGAGAAGAUGAUAAGCUCAAGCUAUUGGAGUGAGACCAGCAGCAGCAGCUGUGGGACCCAGCAGCCCACAGAGGUCCUGCAGUGCCAGCCUCAGCUUUACCACUGUUACCAUCAGCCAAGUCAAGCCCAGCAGCCUCCAGAAAAAAAUGUAGUGUAUGAACGAGUGAGGACCUACAGUGGGCCUAUGAACAAGGUGGUGCAGGCCUUGGACCCGCUCGGCUCACGGGAAGUGCUCUCCCCUCUCAAACCUGCCUCCUCCUACCAAAAUUUGGUUUGGAGCGACCAUUCCCAGGAGCUCCAUUCUCCAACUCUGAAAAUAUCUACUUGUGCACCAAGCACUCUCCACAUAACACAAAAUGCUGAACAGGAACUCCAUUCUCCAACAGUGAAAGUUACUACAUAUCCACAAACCACCAUUAGGAGAUACAUAGUACAAAACCCUGAACAGGAACCAUUGUCUCCUUUCCUAAGAGGAGGCCAAUUCUUCCCAGGAAACAAUGUAAUUUAUGAAAAAACAAUAAGAAAAGUGGAGAAGCUAAACACAGAUCAGGAAUGUUGUCCUCAAAUUCAAUGCCAUCAUCAUGUCAUCCAGCAACCCCAGAUCAUCCACUCGCCACAUUGUCAACAGUCCCAUUCUAGCCAUCAAAUCCAGUGUAUAACAGAAAAUGAUUCAAAUGUUGGGCAUGAACUCUGUCAUGGCGGGCCAAACCAAAUACACGAACAGGUGAUAAUUCAGGAUGAUGGUCCUGAAAAAUUGGAUCCCAAAUAUUUUGGAGAGUUGCUUGCUGAUCUAAGUCGCAAGAAUACAGACCUAUAUCACUGCUUAUUAGAACAUUUGGAGCGAAUUGGAGGAAGCAAACAAGAUUUUGAGUCCACAGAUACAUCAGAAGACAUUGAGUCAUUGAUUCCCAAAGGACUGUCAGAGUUUACAAAACAGCAAAUUCGUUAUAUUCUGCAGAUGAGAGGUAUGUCUGAUAAGUCCCUGAGACUAGUGCUGUCCACAUUUAGCAACAUACGGGAGGAACUUGGACAUCUUCAAAAUGAUUUGACAUCACUGGAAAAUGACAAGAUAAGACUUGAAAAGGACUUGGCAUUCAAAGAAAAUCAAAUAAAAGAGUAUGAAGAACUCUUGGCAUCAGUGAGAGCAAAUAAUCGCCAACAGCAACAAGGACUUCAAGACUCAAGCUCAAAAUGUCAGUCAUUGGAAGAAAAUAACCUUUCUCUUCGACAUACACUGUCAGACUUGGAAUACAGACUAAAAGAACUUGAGUAUUGUAAACGCAAUUUAGAGCAAGAGAAUAAAAACCUUAGAAUACAGGUGUCUGAGACUUGCACAGGCCCAACACUACAGGCUAAAAUGGAUGAGAUUGGAAAUCAUUAUAUGGAGAUGGUAAAAAACUUGAGACUUGAUAAAGAUAGAGAAAUCAGCAAGCUAAGGUCCCAAUUAAACCAGUACCAAAAGGAUGUUUCAAAAAGAGAAGGAAGUUGUAGUGAUUUCCAAUUCAAACUUCAUGAAUUGACAAGUUUGCUGGAAGAGAAGGAUUCUCUUAUAAAGCGUCAAUCAGAGGAACUCUCAAAAUUGAGACAAGAAAUAUAUUCAUCCCAUAACCAACCCUCUUGUGGUGGAAGGACUACAAUCACCACAAAAAAGUACAGAACACAAUAUCCAAUCCUAGGUCUCCUGUACGAUGACUAUGAAUAUAUACCACCAGGUAGUGACACACAAACAAUUGUGAUUGAGAAAACUGAAGACAAAUGGACUUGUCCAUGAAUGGAUCCAUUCUACAAUACUACAACCCAAAGGAAAUUUUCUUUGUCUGCAUCAGUAUUUUGUUAUUUUUCUAUUGUUAACGUGCAAUCAAAUUGUGAAUCAUGGUACUACCCCAUGAAUCUAAUGGGAUGAUUUAAUUCUAGAGAUGAGUUCCCCAUCAUUCAGGAGAACUGAGUCUUU